AUGUCUGCCUUACCAACAAAAGUUCUGGCUAACGUCAUCGGCUUUGGAAUCGUUUGGACCGGUGUCUUGAUGUUGCAGCGAUUCCGCUCCCAAGGGAAACAAGACCUCCUUCCCAUAGAUGAUCAGAAACCCAAACCACAUUCUGACCAGGCGACUCAUAACAAAACCCAUGUUGUCAAUGAGCGCUGGUACUACCCACCCGACAUCGCGGAUGACUUGAAAGAUAUCGACCUUCCGUUCCGAGUCAAAGAAGAGAUCUACGCAACGGCUUGGGAAUACACUCGCUGUGUUAUUCCUGAAUACACCAACUGGUCCCGAUAUGUUGCCUUCAUGCGCAUCAUCGUGAUGGGCAUCAUUGCGGAAUUCAAGGGUGAUCUCAUGGACGUUGCCAACGACGACAAUGUCGUUGGUUACAGUCUUACCGGAGUGCUGAACACCUUGUGCGGAGGAACAGCAGGAGGUGAAGAGAUGUGCCGCGAGUACCGCUGCUUCCUCUUGAUGUCGUCGCAAAAGUCUCGCCACCAGACAAACACUAUGCUGUUCCGCCGUUACAGUGUCGCUCUAUCGAAGGGCCCUUGGCAAUUCUUCCGCAUGCGCGAUACCGACGCGCUCGCCCGCUUCACCAUCGGUGUAGCGCUAGUCUGCAACGAUCUCGACAACAUCUGGUUCACUGAAGAGCAAUUCGACAUCAUGGCCGAAAUUGGUAACACCAUGUACGACGGUAUCUCUUACUGGAAGCAUCGUUCCGAGGGAGAGAUCAACAGCACCUUCGCAUAUGUCCCAGAGGAGAAGCGCGUCUUGGCAUACCACAAGUGUCGCGAGGCGCUCUGGGCUUUGGACGUAGCGUGGGCGAGACAACCCGAGCUGAAGUGUGUCAUCAACUUUCUCCGCUACUUCGGUGGCCCAAUCCACAUGAUCAUGCGACGAUACCGCUUUGUGGAAGAGGGUCUGACUCUAGGCCGACCCGAGGACCAGCGCGUCAUUCAGCAGACACGGAGCAACGUCAAGCUCUGGAAUAGGCUGGACGAGCAGAAAAAGGCGAAGGAGCAAGAGAAGAUGAGCGUCGAGCAGUACCGUCACGUUCUCGCCAACGAGAAGGUCUUGUUGUUCAACGGUCUCGCGCCUAUGCUGGACAAAGCCGAGCUGGGUCUGUGCAACAAGUGCAGCUACCGUGAGACAUAUGGUGCCCCGCAGGCCCAUACCUUUGGCGGAGUCGUUCUGUGCGACGAAUGCCAGCAGGGGUGGGCCGAUUGGACGGAAUCCGUGCUACAGCGCAUGGUCAGAGCCUUCCCGGAGGCUGCUGAGACUGUCCGUGUUAGUGAGAUGCGAUCGAGGUCCUCAAUCGCACCGUGA